GCUGUUGUGCUAAAGUGUGGCAUCAUAUCCCUCUAUUAAAGAGCGGCAUACGCACUUUAGCGGGGCUUUGGAGGUAAAAGUUGCUGAAUGGCAGAAGUGGAAUACUUGAUAACCAUCAUCUCUAACGAAUAUCGUCCAAUAUGGCCAGCAUUGAAGAGAUUGCCGAUAGCAUCGAAGAACCAACACAACAUAUUCAUGAUCACGAUCACGAUCAUGAAGGUGAAGGAAGUGAUGUUGAACUUGGCGGUAAAGGUCAAGAUGUAACAAUCACAGAUGCAAUCGCCAGUAAAUCUGAACGUAAAGCACGUAAGCAAUUACAGGGUAUCGGCUUGAAACGUGUUCAGGGUAUCAACCGUGUUACAAUGCGUCGUCCUCGUGGUUAUCUUUUGGUUGUUACAAAUCCAGAAGUAUACAAAUCUUCCGUUUCAGAUGUUUACGUCGUUUUUGGUGAAUUAAAGACUGAAGAUAUGUCUGCUCAAGCACAAGCAGCACAAGCACAACAAUUGGCUCAACAAGAACAACAAGAACGUAUGUUGAGCGAACAAUUCAGCCAAUUGUCCAGCGGAGCAGGCGCUGAAAAGAAAAAGGAAGAAGAGGAGGAAGAAGAUGAAAGCGAGCCGAUCGACGAAGAAGGCGUUGAUGCAAAAGAUAUCGAUUUGGUCAUCUCUCAAACAUCUUGCUCUCGCCGUAGAGCUGUCAAAGCUUUGAAGGAACACCAAGGUGAUUUGAUCAACGCAAUCAUGGCUGUCUCAUAAAUGGGCGAGAUAGGCUGUACUUCCGCCCAUUCGCAUGUACUUAACCACAAAAAGCCCUUUCAUUGAAAGGUAGAUCCGACAGGACAAACAUAUUUGAUACAUGGUAUCGCAAUUUCACCUUCGACUGAGUGACUUUGAAGUGAGGUAGAAAGAAUUAUUAUGUGAUGCGUAGCGGAGCAUAUGUGCGAUAGGGUUUGUUUACGUUCGAUGAUAGAAUGAACUCACCGCCUUGUCACUUCUGUACACAAUGUGCACUGCUCGGUCUCGCCUCCGUGGCUUUGAAAGUACGCAAGUGGGAUGCAACGGUACGACAACGAUUGUGUAUAAGUGCUUUGCAACGCCUCGGUUGCAUAUACAAAAAGUCUCAUUGUCGAAUGAUAUCUCUGUAAAGUUGUGAAUGAUUCUUUUGAUGUCUCUUUUUUCCCUAAAAUCAUCGUCCUUGAC